AUCAAUUGAAAAUAUCAUGCGCUUUCCUAGUCCUUAAACCUCUAUCCAAACACUGUUUUGUUACUUUUACUAGUUAUGCUUUAGUGCUAUAAAUAAACCAAAUGUUUGUUAGAACCAAGCAAUGUAAACUCUCUCACAAAAUGAUGAUUCGCCUAAAUAACUUUUUAUAUGUUUUUAAUUUACGACAAGGCACCAUUCUUAUUGCCGUCCAUCAAAUCGCGCUAUCUUCUUUCGUACUUAUAAUACUGCUAGUUGGUAUAUCCCACGUCGGUGAAAUGCUGUCUAUGCUUCAUAAUGAUAUGGAGGAUGAUGCAGAGCGACGGGGAUUUUAUGAAAUUUCUUACGGAGAACAUUUAACUUUUCAUGAAGGGGACGUAGUAAGCAGUAAUAAUCAAAUAAGGUUCGCUAAGGCUCAACAUUUAGCUUCAGUGACGGUGAUUUUCCUGUACACUAGCACAAUUCUAACAUCGAUAUAUCUAAUGUGCUGUAUUUCUCUCCUUCAUGGGGCUGUGAAGUAUAAGAGAGAGUAUGUAUUGCCAUGGAUAAUGGCUGCUUGCGUGGCUGUCGUGCUACUCAUAAUCGCUAUUGUUAUAGGCGAUGGCUAUCCCUGCGUCGUUAACCUUUUCGGUGGUCAUAAUCUCUACCAUUUCGGGUGUGCUCUAUUCGUACUCACGUUUAUAUACGCAAUUUGUGCGGUGAGUAGCUUCGCUCUCGAAACCGGAGGAGGAAGAUGCGCGCGCGCAUCACUCGCCAAUGACGAGCGCGGAGAGCGAUUGUUGCUGCUUGACCACGCCGCGCACUCCAGUCUGCUUUCGGCCGCACAAUUAAGCAAACUGUCCCAUGGCACGAGAACACAAUUCGUAUAAGCUCCUUUCAAGUCAAUAGUUUUAUUGCUGAACUAGGCUUAAAUAACAACAAAUCUCGGAAUCGCCUUGUAACAUCUCUGUUGAUUUCCCGACAGAAUAGCUAUUAUUAAUAAAUUAGAACUUGCUAUUUGUUCCUUUGGUUGUGUUAUCGAUGCACAAGAUACACAAAAUGUGAUCUAUUGCGCAUAAAUUGUAGCGAAUUUCAUUCUAGCUCUAUAAUAGCUUAGGAACAUACACCAGCUUUUGAGUGAAAAAUAAAUAUUGUUGGUGUUUACGAUUUACAUUGUUUUACAUUGAGUAUUAAUUUUUAAAUACAUAAGUCAAUUUAUUUUUAUGAUUAAAAUGUAUUACCAACACUUACGUCCAUAACUCUAGUGCUUUAAGUAGUCCAAGCUUAGAGA